CUCAUUUUGACUUUCCAGGCACUGGGGUCCUCAACGCUGCCAGUAAGGUGAAGUUGGAAUUGAGAUUAUUGGAGUGGCAUAUGAAGUAAAAGAAUUUGAGGUGAAGGCUUGGGUUGGAUCUCACUAAGCCUAUUACAGAUUGCAGCUGGCCAUUACUCCAUGAACAUCCUAGGAGACCUCAAUUGUCAGCAUGCAUCACAUUAUCCUUGCCUAGAACUGUGAGUCCCAACUUUAUUCAAGAAAAGGCAGAGGAACUAAGGACAAAAAGAAUGAGGAAAAUGAGACUGAAAUGUUGCAUUAUUUGCCUGGGAUUUUUCUGACUCCAGAUCCAGCACUGCUUAUACUGUGGCAAGGUGAUUCAAUCUGAAAGAUAUGAAGAAUUAUAAAGGAUCAUGGCAUGCCGUUUAAUCAGAAGACAGAAUCAUGGAGAUGCAGAAGUGAUAUAGUGUAUCAGAAACACAAAUACUUGGUAAAGAAGACAUGUUUACUUUCUACCAGAUGAUUCAUUAAUCCAAUCUCUACAUCCUGAUUAUCAAGAUACAGAUGAAAUCCUCAUAAAACAAAAGAGGAGACAACAUAUGUAUUUCUUCAAACAAGACUUAUUUUAUAACACUGGAUAAAAUGAGAUGCCUGCGGAAACGUUCAGCAGUGUCAUUCUUAGGACUUCUUGUCAUUUGCCUUCUGUUCAUGAAUUUGUACAUUGAAGAUGGGUAUGUCUUGAAGGGAGACAAACAACUCAUUAGAGAAACAUCCACACAUCAACUGAAUUCAGAACGUUAUGUGCACACUUUUAAAGAUUUAUCUAAUUUCUCAGGAGCCAUAAAUGUCACCUAUCGCUAUCUAGCUGGCACUCCAUUACCAAGAAAAAAAUACCUAACAGUUGGACUUUCAUCAGUCAAAAGGAAAAAAGGAAACUAUUUGCUUGAAACAAUCAAGUCUAUAUUUGAGCAAUCCAGUUAUGAAGAACUGAAGGAAAUUGCAGUGGUGGUUCAUCUAGCAGAUUUUGACUUAAAUUGGUGUGACAGUAUGGUCAGAGAUAUUACACAGAAAUUUGCUCACCACAUUAUUGCUGGACGAUUAAUGGUCAUACAUGCUCCUGAGGAAUAUUACCCAAUCCUAGAUGGCCUUAAACGAAAUUAUAAUGAUCCAAAUGACCGAGUCAAAUUUCGAUCCAAGCAAAAUGUGGAUUAUGCUUUCCUUCUUAAUUUUUGUGCCAAUAUUUCAGACUACUAUGUAAUGUUAGAAGAUGAUGUUCGAUGUUCAAAAAACUUUUUGUCAGCCAUUAAAAAAGUGAUUACAUCACGAGAAGGCUCUUACUGGGUGACUCUGGAAUUUUCCAAGCUUGGCUACAUUGGAAAACUCUACCAUUCCCAUGAUCUCCCACGACUGGCACAUUUUUUGUUAAUGUUUUACCAGGAAAUGCCUUGUGAUUGGCUAUUGAUUCAUUUCCGUAGUCUCUUGGCUCAAAAGGAUGUGAUGCGUUUUAAACCUUCUCUGUUCCAACAUAUAGGAUAUUAUUCUUCAUACAAAGGAGCAGAAAACAAAUUAAAGGAUGAUGACUUUGAAGAGGAUUCAUUUGACAUCCCUGACAAUCCACCUGCAGAGCUAUACACAAACAUGAAUGUAUUUGAAAAUUAUGAUGCAAGCAAAGCAUACAGCAGUGUUGAUGAGUACUUUUGGUCCAAGGCACCUGCAGUAGGGGAUUAUUUUGUAAUUGUAUUUGAGAAGCCCAUUAAUAUCAGCAAAAUUAAAGUGAGUACUGGAACAGAAGAUCGACAAAAUGACAUCUUACAUCAUGGAGCCCUGGAAGUUGGGGAAAAUGUAGGAUGGAGCAAAAAGGGUAAACAGUGUGCCACUUAUUUGAGACUAGGGGAAUUCCAAAAUGGAAACUUUGAAAUGGCAGAUGUGAAGCAAAAAGUUCCAUUUGACAUUCAUUGUAUAAGAAUACUUGCCACCAGAACACAAAAAGAAUGGCUAAUCAUUAGGAGUGUUAGUAUUUGGACUUUUCAGCCAGUGAUUCAAUGAUUCCAUGUUACUGAACCAGGUCUUUCUUUCUAAUAGGGGAGUGCAUACUAUUGGUUGAGUAGCAACAGGUGCUAUUCCCCAAGGGAUGACUUAACUUUGUUAAAAAUGGAUAUCUGGGACAUUACAAAAUAAACAAAAGCAAUUUAUUUUUACUAGUUCAGCCAGCCAAUAUAUGAACACUAGUUUGUUGGUAUGUUUUGAAUUUUAUAGUAAAAAAAAGUUUUCACCCAAGUCUUUGGAUCCCUCAAAUCCCUCUUUCUUGUUAUCUUUGGCUUUUCAAGAGAAGAUGAUGCUUGAUAAGAAAAAUCCUCAUCUGAAUUGGUAGCUUUGAUUAAACAUUGUCAAAAUAAUGUGACUUCAUUAUAUCUGUGUAUUAAAGAUGAUGAAAGUUGAUGUUUUUAUGCCAUGGUUAAUGUUGCUUUCAUUUUAAAGACAGUUUUAAUAAUGUAAUUUAUUAGUCUAUUGCCAGCUGUAUUUGAAUGCCAAAAGAAAUGAUGUGGAUUAAUAUGACACAUUUGAAAUGUGAAGACUGAUAUGUUAAUUUAGUUGGACAGUGAUUAUUGAAAAAUAAUUGUUGACAGUGUGCUUAAUUCUGUAGUAGAACCCUGGGUCUGGUUUGUUCAUCAAAUGGUAUAUAUUAAGCAUUGCUGUCAAGGAGAGGUGGAGGUGGUCUGAGUGAUAAUUUGAUUUCCCUGAAGAAGUUUCUGGUUGUCUCUAAUCUAGCCUUCAUCAAUCACAUCAGAAAUGAACAAUGCCACAAAGAAGCAAUGCCCUUAUAGGAGAGUUCUAUAGUUGGGGAAAACCCAUCCUAAUGACUUUUAUUAAUAGUAAAAUGAUUUUCAUGAAAUUCUUUAAAAAAUAUUUGUGAUAUUGAAUCUCUCUUGUUAAUAGAAUCCCCCCCUCUGAGAAACAGUGUUUUCCUUAAACUUACUUUUAGGAAAAAAAUACUAAACUUCAAUUGGAGUAACUAAAUUGCCUAUUUCAAAAGGGAAAAAAAAAGAAAAAUAAAGACAGUCUGUAUUUAGUUUAGUCUUAUAGCAAUUUAUAGU